ACAGAGUUGGGGGGGAGCUCAUAAGGAAGGGACCUUAGAGAGGGCAAGGAGAGCGAGAGGGGAAGGGAGGGCUGUGGUGGGGAAGGAGGGUAGAGGGGGGAAGGCGUCCAGCAAGAACAGCCGUGUUGGAGGAAACAAUGGCAGGGCAAUAGCGAUGGUGGCAGCAGAGGCAGCCCCACUCUGGGCACCUUUCUGAAUGGGCAGAGACAGCUCUGAGAGAAGAGGGGACCAGGCAGUGCCUGCAGAGGCUCUGAGAAAAGCGGCAGAGGGAGGAGAAGAGGGAGGAGGAGGAGAAAGGAGGAGGAGUAGGAGGAGGAGGAGGUAAGGGGAGGAGGGGGGAUGAAGCAGGGGAAGAACCUGGGAAGGAAAACCAGUAGCAUCAGCAGCAGCAGCCGCCACCGCCGCCACAGCAGUAGCAUUAGCGGCAGUAGCAGCAUAUAGCAAUAGCUUUAACAGCUAUAGCGACAGUAGCAGCCGCCCUCCUCUUUCCCUCUCGCGGACGGCUGCAGCCACCGCACAGAGCGGGCUCCAGGCGCCGAGCGUGCAGUCCGCUAACUAGGUAGCUCCAGCCGGGGCGAGAGGUAGUGCAGGCGAAGCAAGGACCCUUAGAGCAGCCAGGCAGCCGCAGAAGCUCUGAGUUUUAGGGCCAGAGCCUGACAGCUCUGACUCCAUCUAGCGUGGCGGCGGCGGAGCCUGAGGGAGCGAGCGACGAGAGAGGCGCGUCCACCUGGCGGGCCCUGCGCAUGGAGCUGAGGCAAAGGCGGCGGCGGCGGCGGCAGCAGUAGCAGUAGCAGCGGCGGUGGCGGCGAAGACAGCUCGAACAGCUGAGGCGACGGCGGCAGCCCAGCCUUGACUGCGACCGCGCUAGCUACAGCGCCUGCUGCCUGAGCCCGCCAGCGACGUGCGCCUCAGGAAUCGGCCUGUGAGGUUGGACAGCAUUUGGACUUGGAAUGAAACAAUAAGAGGUUACAUUCAUGGAUAACCAACAAGAUAAGGCUAUUGUUGCCUCAGCCAAUGGAGAAAACACUCUGAUUAAUGGGGUCAAAGAAAAUGACUCAGAGGACCAAGAUGUGGCAAUGAAAUCAUUUGCAGCUCUAGAAGCUGCUGCACCUAUCCAGCCUAUACCGGUGGCACAAAAGGAAACCGUGAUAUAUCCCAGAGGUCUCCUGCCUCUACCUUCUAAGAAGCCCUGUAUGCAGAGCCCGCCCUCUCCUUUGGGCCUGAUUGAAGCACCCGAGCAUGCUGCUAAUAGUGCUUCUGUGAAUGCCAUCUCCCUCACAUCUGGCAUUGCAAAAGGCCUGAACACAUGGUCCCUUCCCAAUGAGUGUGAGAAAACUCCAUUUGCCAUAAUGGAGCCUGCAGGCAUGUCAGCUCUGAAUGGGGACUGCCUCAUGCAGCCAAGUCGGACUUGCUUAGGCUGUUUCAUGGAAUCCAAGGAUGCAGAAGAUCCUGAGCCAGGGAUCAGUCUGAAAGUUGGUGAUCUAAACAGGGAUUAUGAAACAUGUGCAGUCUCUGAUAUAGGGAUUCAGUGUAUUAAUGCUGGAGAAAAUAUGAAAUAUGGAGAGCAGCUGCUCUCAGACCAGCUCCUAGGUGUCCCCCUACAUAAAUCAAGGGUAGGAGACAGACGAGAAACUGAGAAACCUGACAUUGACUUGGAGGAUCCAGCUCAGAAAAGCUAUUAUGAGGCAUUACUGUUAGACAAGUGCAAUACAGAAGAAGCUUUGCUUGCAAAUUCCAAUCAGGAUUGGGGUUACUUUGAAACUUUCAUUAGUGAAAGUAAGAUUGAACUACUUGACCUCUGUUCCAAGAAUGAGCUGUCUGUCAACCUAUUCUCUGAAGAAGAUGUGGAUAACUAUAUGUUUGAUGAUGAUGAAUCAACACUAGGCAGUGAUGUCUGCUCCCUGAAAAUUCGAUAUGAGUCCUUUCAGGACAACGUUCGAGACAAGACUACUCUUUUGAUGCAGGAAGAUGCCCAAUUCAACUUUUUCCCCAGCGUCUUUACUACUUGCCCCAAGCGAGAGUCUAAGAGUGGGGCCCUGAAGCAGAGCAGUGAUUUUUCCCAAUUCAAGGUCCCUGAUGUGAGCAUCAUCUGGGGGGAGGAAGAUAAAAACUUGGACAAGAAGAAAGGUAAAGAGGAAGGACAGGAAGACAAAGGUAUAGAGAAGAAAGAUGGAAAGGAUAAUGGAGAAAAAUCUGCCUUAAAUAAACCAUGCAGUGGGACUGAAGUAGAGCAACUUAAGAAUCCAAAGCAGGGCCAUCUUGCCAAUUCCUUGGAGACAUCAGGGAAUUUCAAUGAUGAUAAUUCCUUCAUUGAGGUCUCAUAUGAUGCUAUGGGUGAGAUCAAGGACUGUAGUCGCUAUAUGGCUCGGGACACUAACUCUGGCAGCUCCUCCUCCCAGCAAAACUAUGGGCUGCGAGCCAAGAGAAAGGUCAGAUACAGUGAAGAUUAUCUAUAUGAUGUUGACUCACUAGAGGGUGAAAAAGUAAAUGAGAGGAAGGAAUGGCUGCCAGUUUGUUCCAAAGAGGAAGAUGAUGAUGAAUGGUGUCCCAAAAAGAGAAGAAAAGUAACCCGUAAGGAGCCCCCUGUUAUUAUCAAAUAUAUCAUCAUUAAUCGCUUUAAAGGUGAAAAGAACAUGCUGGUGAAGUUGGGUAAGGUGGAUGCCAGUGAGACAACAGUGAAUUUGAGUGAGAGUCAGCUCAACAAAUAUUCCAAGCUAGCACCCUUGAAAGGCUUCUGGCAAAAGAAGAAGAAGCAGAGAAACACCAACACGGACUCCAUCAAGACACCUUUUUCCCAAAAGCAAAGCUUUGAACCAGGUAGCUUUGAGGUGUCAUUUCUGCCACCUGCUCGCAAACGAAAAUCUAAACUUGGCAAUAGGCACAGGAUUCAAAGAAUUCCAUCCAUUGAAAUUUCAGCAAGUAAUAAACAGGUUUCAUUAUGCAAUGAUCAGAGGCAAGCUAGCAAUCGUAAAGAAGAUGGAGGCCUAAAAGGUACACUGAAGUCAGCAACUAUGGCUGCCCCUAGCUGUUCAAAUGGAUCACAUUUAAAUGACAUCACAGGUCCUGACUCAGUGAAAGUCAAAGCCCAAGACACAGAGUUCAAGGGGCCAGAGAGGAAAGUGCUCAACAAAAUCAAAUUUAAAAGUGAAGCUAGGUUAAAAUCUAAGAAAGUCAAAGCUGCUGGGCAAGAAAGCAAGCCAAUCGUUCAAAUGAGCCCUCUCAUGGAAGACCAAUCCUCUAAAGCCAAUUUAAAGAAUGAAGUUAUUACUGGGAUCUCAAACAGUUCCCAUCUAUCUGAAUUUCAUGAGGGAAAGGUUACUAAGAAUUCCACUUUUCUACCAACGACCUGCUCUUCUGAAACGCCUUUAUCGUCUGCUAAUGUUACCACUAAUAUACCUGUUAUCCCUGGAGGGUAUCUGCAGACAUUGUUAGAUGCCUCUGAUUUGUCAAAUAACACUAGUAUCUCAUACUUCAGCCACCAUUCUCCAGACCAAAAUGAAGGCAGCCUCACUCAAACCGAAAAAUCAUUUAUACCUCUCCAGCCUACCCAGGAUUGUGUGCUCACCUCAUCCUCUGAUUCUGAGCUGCAGCAGUCAUCUCAUCACUUUAAAAUGGAAUCAAGCAACUAUGGAAAUGUAUGGCCCAACAAGACUACUUCUGGCACCCAGGAAUUCAUGGCUGAAGUCUCAAGGGAGAUAGCCCCAACCCAAUCCAGUGAAUUUGGAGCCUCCCAAGUAGUCUCUAUGGAAAAUAACCUCACACCUACGCCAUACAAUCCAAUCUGCCUCAAUAGUGGUGGCAGUAAUUGCAACAAGGUCCUGUAUGACUCUGUACAAGACACCCAAAUCCCAUCUGAUGACUCUUACCAAUUAUGUCACUUUAAUAAUGGAGAGAUCUGCUUCCCUUUCCAGCAGGGGCCAGUCAAUAUGGACAAUGGUCGGCUCUUUAGCUUUGAUUCAAUGGCCCCACUCUCUGUCAGCUCAAGUAAUUAUUGCUCCUUAAGCUUGAAGUCCUGUGAAAAGGAUGGCGAUGACGAUAUCACUGAUGAUUUCCUGGCCCAUUGCAGCCCUAAGCUGGUGAUCCAGCAGAGCACUGAUGAGAUAGCACCACUAAAGGAGUCCACUGACCUCCUGGAUAUAUCCAACUUCACCCCUGACAAAUUCCGCCACUCUUCCCUUUCAGAGAUGUCCCCACCGGACACCCCUAGUCUUUCCCCUCAAAUUACCAGAUGUGAGGGUAUCAAGACACUAGGAACACUGAAGGGUUUCCAAGAGGGUGUCCCAGGACCAUUGGACAGUGUGGAAAAAAUCAAGUGGGACUCUAGUACCCUUUCACAGCAGGUCCAAAUGGAGGAUGGAUUUACUUUAAAUAACCACCAGUUUCAGUUCCAUAUGUUCAAUGAUGAGGAUUCUGUCAGCCUGCUCCAAAAAAACCCUUGCCUGUCAACAUUUAAUGAUCCAUCUGGUCAAAAUAGUACCAACAACAAAGUGUCAAAAUCAAGAAAGAAAAGUUCACCCAGCAAGAAUGGGGCUGUGAACCAAAGUUCUUCUCAGAAAAACACCAGGAAAAAGUCCCUCAAAGGCAACAACAAGGGAAUUGAAAAGCCACCUGGAAAAAACUCCCGCCAGGUGUCUAAGUCCACAAAGAAAGGGAAAUACAUGGCUGCCAUCAAUGGAGAGAAAAUGCAAAUUGGCAUUGGCCGUGGAGGAGGCCAAACUAACAGCAUAUCCUCCACUGGGAAGACAUUAGCUGAAUGUAUCCAGCAUGGUGGCCCUGUGACCUCUAUGAAGAUGCCAAGUCAAAAGGGACUUUGUGGAGAUUGGGCCUUGGGGAAGGAAAGCAGCCCAGGCUGGAGUGAAAUGAGCAUGGGCACCAACACCAACAGCCUUCUAGAUGAUGACCAACGGGAAUUUCAGGAGCCUUCCUAUAUCUUGUCUAACAUUGCCUCUGGUAUGGCAGAUGUGCAGAGAUUCAUGAUGGCUUCCAUAGAGCCCCUUUGGGAACCCAUGGAGCAUCAUGGGGAUCCCAACAUAUUCUACUCCCCUGAGUCCAAUAGUCUAAAAUUAAAAACCCUCAAAAUAUUGGCUGGGACACCACAGGAGUCUAAGAAAAAGAUCAACAGUGGGUCACCAGGAGCCACUAAGAAUCACAGGUCAAUCAAGGGUGUCAGCAAAAGCAAUGGGAAAGCAACAACAGGUGAUCCUGGUCGUGCAAACAUCCCUGGUUAUAACGAGGACUCUCGCUCUACCUUCUUUGAUAAAAAGUAUAGUAACAUGAGCACUUUAGGCAAUAACGGACCGACACACAAAAAGUUGUAUCGUCACAAAUCCAGCUCCAAGGCCCUGAGAGAUGAGAAAUGUAAGGGAAAGCACAUGGAGCGAGAGCAGGUCCACAAGGAUGAGUCUGGGACAGCUUCUUUUGAAAAACUGAGGGAUUCUAACUACAAUCUCCUAAAAGCAGAAACAACCUUUUGGGUUUUACCUGUCUUUGAAGAAGAGACUCGCAUUUUCCAGAAAGACAUUUGAUGUUUGUGUUUUAUUUCUUUCAAAAUAUGCCUUGUGGUAUGUAUGUUAAUAUGUAAGUGAUUAAAGAAAAGAAUUUUAAAUUGUGGGAAUACGUCUUUGGAGCAAACUUUAAUCUGAUGUUCUAUGUAAAAGACUUAAAAAGUCAUACAGUUGCACAAGUAGUUUAUGCACUAUUUACUCACAAGGAGAAAAUGGAAAACGUUGUGCCAAACUACAAACAAGUGACUGUACUGUAUAUAUUUUUACUUCUAUAUCAACAUUUGGUUGUGUUUGGGGAACUUGUCCCUGUUAAUUUACUAGAAACAUUCCAGUGAUUCUUGCUAUUAACAAACCCCACUUAUGUGGAUAGCACCUGUAGAUCAUGGUGAAAAAAUAUGUUGUGUUACACAAUUUACCAAAAUUUAAAGGAUACUGUUUGAAAUGUGCCAAAUUUUCUUACCUCAUCUCACAGAUUCACCCAUAGUUUAAAGCUCAUUAAUAAUUUUUAAAUGGAUAUAUAUACACACCCAAACAUAUAUAUGUAUAUGUAUAUGUGUGUGUGUGUGGGGGGGGGUGGGUGUGGGUGUGGGUGUGGGUGUGUGUGGGUGUAUGUAUGUAUACACACACACAUAUACAUUCUUUUAAAGUUUUAAACUCUACUGUCCUGUGUGGAAACAUGAACGGCUAAACAAGGCACAAUAAAGAUUUGUUUGUUCCAUUGUCUAAGGGUUAAAAUGUUGGAAAAAGUCUGAAGGCCACAACAGUUAAGUCCAUCAGGGACCCAAGUAUAUGCAUUUACAGAACCUUUUACAAGGAAACAAAACAGCUGCUUUGAAAGUUUGUUUUCUAAAAGCAAAAUCUGUAGCUGAAAAUUAUUUAAAGUGCAAAGUUAUAUAGCUGAUACUUUAUAUCUCAGUUUUAUAUAUUUUAUAAUAGUCUGGGAUAAAUUAUAAAAAAUAGCUAUAAAAUCAACACUAAUGAUAAAUGAAGUAUAUAGAAUGCUUUUAUUUAAAUAGUUUCCUAAAUGUUUUAUUCCAGUUUUGUCAAAAGUGCACUCAUAUCAUGGCUUUAGUGUUCUUUCAGUGUUUAAUCUUGCAAUGCCAAUGUCAUUUAAAGAAAAUGUUAAGGCAUCCCAGUUCAACCAAAUUUUUCUUCCUAUUAGUAAAGUACAUUUACUAUCAGAUAAGAUGAACAAUUUGUGGCAACAACUGAUUUUGGCCUUAUAUACUUAGUCUGAGGACAACGAGUAUUUGAUGCCACACACUAAAUUUAAAUCUCAAUUUUUUGUACAAAUUUUUAAAUCACAUUUUUAAUUCAGUCCUUCCCAUACUUUAAAAAAAACAUUCACAUCUCUAACACUCCUCACUACUAAUUUUUCUUCCCCUUUAUUCACCGGUUGACUUCUAACACUUGAUCUCUUUUCUUUGCACAAUUGAAGGCCUAUGCAUCAUGACUGAUGCAUUAUGGCACAGAUGAGAUAAUGGAUGUGAAAGCGCUUUGUAGAUCAUAAAGUGCUAUACAGAUAUAGGGUAUUAAUAUUAUUAAUAUUGUUAGUUGUUGUCAUUGUUACUAUUCUUAUUAAUAUUGUUACUAACCUAUUAACUUGUGAAUAUAUAGGCUGGGGUGGGAGGGUGGAGAAUAAGUGGGAAGGGAAAAAGGGGAUUUAACAAAAAAGGGAAGAUGUUUCAAAAGGAAAAUUUUAAGCAAAAUAUGAACCUAAUUAGUCAAUGCCACCUAAAUGUAUUCACAAACAGAGAAGCAACAUUUGAAAGUAGUCAGAGAGAAAUGGAAGGAAGCCUGCCAUGUAUAUAAGUAUAUACACUUCCCGGUCCAUGAUUCCUUUCACCAGCGUGCUCUACUCCUUACAGCUGGAUCUUAAAAUGAACAACCCUGUGUUCUUGAUCGUGUAUGUUUCCAGCGUCAGUCUCUUGUGUCUGUGGGGAUGAGUGGGUGAGGAGCAUUCUGUGAGGCUUGUUCAGGCCCAUUCCUAGGCUUUGAUGCUCUAUGUGCAGUGAGCCCUAGAAAAUUACUUAGUGGAAAGGCACCAGAUGAAACAUGUCUCCUGCUCUAUAGCUACCAUCUAAAAGGGAAAAUAACCAAACUGGAAAACCUUCUAUUUCUCUGCUCUGAUAGCUAGCUGUACUAAAUGCCAUGGCCAGUCCCUAGGAACUGGUAUUUGUUUUGUUUUUGUUUUUGUCUUUCUGUUUUGCAGCUGAGUUUUGGCUUGGAAUCACCAACUCUGCCUGUAUUGUGAUCCCCAAGACUCUAGACCUCAACAUCACCUGCUGGCUUAGAGGAGUGGAGUGCUUUCUAUGUAAUCAAAAGGUGGCAAUUAAUGAAAAAAUAAAGAAAAGAUUCCAUUAAUACAAUGUGUUUUUAUAAAAAUAAAUAUGGGAGCAGUUGUCCCAGUUUUUUUUUUUUUCAGUAUCAGUUCAGCUUUGGAGAAUGGGGUGUGAGUGGGGUAGAACGACAGCCUGAAACUGUUGGAAACAAUUUCCUUGUGAGAACUUGCUAUCUUAAGUCCUUUGGAAUGGAAAUACUUUCAUUUGCUUCUAUGGAGCCCAUUAAGGGCCAAUUCUAGGGCAUAGUUCAUCCCUUCCUCCAAAGAGAAUUGUUAUUUUAAAGCACUUUUUUAAUUGGCCUGCGGUGUAUUAUAUGUUUUUGACAUAUAAAUUAGUGACUCAUAACCAGUCACUUUGUACUGAAACAUAACAAGAAACAGAGUUUGAGAAAUGAGCAAUAGGCCAAGGCAGAAGAUGUUUAUUCUCUUAAUUGCAUUUAAUAUCCCUCUCAGUACAUUGUGUUCUGAGAUGUUCAUCAUUUAGCAUUUUGUUGGUCCUGUCUCUGCUCUCACAGUUCUUUUUCUUCCUGUCAUAACCAGCUGCCUUAGUUGAGUAUAAAAAUAGUGUUUUGCCCUAUCGCUGAUCUCUCAAGUCAGAAAUAUAUAUUAUCCUUCCUCUGAAAUUCCUGAUUACCACCCCCUUCUAACCUCUCCUCUCUGAGAAGCUGUUUCUUAGUAUUGCCUCUCUAACAGAGUCCCAUUUAAUCUUUACUUUCCUUGAAAUGGUAACCUCCCGUAUUCUUCUUACUUAAUCUCAGACCUUGGUCUUUUCUUAGAACUAAGAAAUUCUAGGAAUUUUUAAGAAAAUUCCUAGAAUUUUUCUUUUAUGGUCUUAUAUCCCACCUGCCCAAAAUUGUCAGGGCUCAACAACCUUCAUCAGGCUGCUUUCUUCUGGAAGUUCAAAGGGAAACCUUCUCAUUCUUAAUUGCCUUUAAUUGCUUUGUCUAUUUUUAAAUCUAAUUGUUUAAUUAUUUUUUUAUUUGUAUGGAUUAGGGCAGUUGUGUUACAUGGAUAUAUUUCUUAAUGGUCAAAUCUGGGCUUUUAGUGUACCCAUUGCCCAAAUAAUGUACAUUGUACCCAAUAGGUGGUAUUUCAUCCCUCAAAUAUAAUUUUAAACAUACAUUCAUGCACACAUGGAUACAUUAUACCACAUGACUGAGGAAACUUAGAAUUUCCUUUUCCCUGAAGAUCUGUAAGAAUAGGUCUCAUCUCCUGCCCUGGUUAGGUGCUAUACUAUAUGGAGCAGGGUAUUGAGACUUUGGGGGUCAUCUUUGGGCUGUGAUAACUGGCUUGAACCAGUGACCAUCCUCUCUGCCUCUCCAAGGUCUCUUAUACCAGCUUCUUCACAUAUGCUGCUUCCUCCCAGCUUUCCCUUCUGACUUCUUGUUACUCUGUGCUACUAUGUGUCAAGGCCUUACCUUUUCCUAAUGUUUUCAAACCUCCUGCAUUACUUUGACCAUCACUUCUUCAGCCAUCUCACUGAAGUCCUUGGUGCUAGGUGGGCUUUUGUGACAACUUUCACCUUCUCUGAAUUUUUUCCUUGCUGGGAAGCAUCUGCGUAUCUGAGAGGGCAAGGAAGAGGAGUAUGUGUGUGUAAGAGAGAGGCAAAAGGAUGCUUUGAAAGCUAUAAACAACUCUAGCAAGCAUCCUAAUUCCUGUUAUGUGAGGUUUUGCAGUUCUAGUGAUUUUCUGUUUUAGUUUAGGUUUUAAUAGUAUUUACUGCCUAAAGGAGAAAAACCAUAUCCAAGGACCUUUUAGCCAUGCUUGCUAUUAACAAUCUGGAUCAGUGUGAUGUAGAUCCAACAUGUCUUCAGCUUACGGAUGCUCUCAGAACAGUUCCAAGAAUUGAAGAGAGCUAAGUUUCUAUGCUGAAGAGGAGCAUGGAGCACUAGCUAGUCCUAACUAUUGCUAGAAAUAGAAAUGUUUGUUUUCUCCUUUAUUAUUGAGAAAUUAUCUAAUUUAAGGAGUUCCCAUUUUCAUUUAGGGAUUUUUUUUAAUGACUGCCCAUCACUAAAGAAACAUGUUCUUUUUAUAAAAUAAAACUAAUGUGAGGUUGGUUUGUUUUCUAAUCAUAAAAUUUACUAUGCCUGUAGUUAUAUUUGGAAGAUUUAGUACCAAAAUCAAACUUUUAGUAACACACAGAAAUCCUGUCAACACAAUGUAGGCCAGGGAUUUUGUAAAGGUUUCUCAAAGACUCAAAUAAGGGAGAAAAAAAUUUUAGUUGGGCUGUUUAACUUGGGAAACACUGUCAUCAGCUUGAGGGUCCUCAACCAGCAUGUGAUUAUUUUGAUGACAGUACUCAGGCUACCCUUUAAGACACAUUUUUUACUCAGCAUUAAACACUAGCUACAGUUGUGAAGCAGAUCUCCCAUUGCAGCUACGUGAUACUUGAGAUGUACUCUUGGUUUCAGAAUCGUAACUAAGAGGUAAGACAUUGGAGAAGGACAAUGUAAAAGAUAGAGGUUUCGCACAAAGUUUAGGGUAUGAAUGAGGGUUUCAAAAUCAGUAUCUGGGUAAAUCGAUAAUAAAGACACUGAAGAAACACUCAUACACAUAAGACAGAAAGGAUGUCUGUUCAUCUAACAAGCUCAGGGGUUUCUGAGUCUCAGAAUGACAUCCCAUUUCAAAAAGAAGAAAAGAGAUAUUGAAAACAUUCUGCCUCUUUGAGAGAUGACUGGUUAUUUACAGCACAAAAAAAAAGGCUUAGAAUGAAAACUAGAAGAGGCCUUUUGUUUUUCACUCCCAGUGAAGAGGGUAGAAAUCUUAAGAUGCUCUACUGGGAUACCUGUAGCACUGACUGGAGUUUGCUGCCUACAGAGUUUUGAAUGUACUAGUCCUUAGUUUCCAUAGAAUUGAAUGCACCUCUUUAGUAAGUUGCUGAUUUAUGGUGCUAAAGGAAAUGAUUAAUCCCAUUUUUUUCUUCCCCAAGCCCCUUAAGCAUUUAAGAAAAUUUAAAAUAAAACAUUAGAGGCCCUUUUUAUGAAUGUAACCUAAGUUUCUGUUUGACAUAUGACACUGCAACUUAAAAAUGUUAGGAAAUUAUUUGCCUUUUUUUCUUUUAGAGUUAAGCUUUAUAAAUAACCUGUAGAGUCAAUUGAAGUAUAAAGCUUAAGGAUCACUCUUAAGACGCCUACAAAAUCUUGUAUAUUUUUAAGUGUGCCAAUUUGUAACAUAUUUUGUAAGUGUAUAUUUUUCUUAGAAAAGUGCUGUGAAGUGUCUGUAUGUGAGAGUUUUCCUUUUUCUGCACCACUAGGUGCUAAUAAAAGGAUAUUUACUUCAAAGUUUCUGGUUUUAGAAACCACAAUACAAAGAAAAAAAUACACUUUUGUUGAAAUUUUGUAACACAAAACAUGUUGUGAAAGAGUGUAGUGAUCUUGUGCAAAAGAAAAUGAACAUUUGUGAGCUUCUUGCUGUUUUAUAGAUUUUCUUGUAAAUUAUUCUUGUAACACUUCUGGUUUUGUUGUUCUUGUUGCGAAGGUUUCAAAUAUUUGUGACUGAAUGUACAGUGAAACUGUCAUAAUGUUACCUAGCUGAGUUUUGUUAUUGUUUAUGAAAUAAAUAAAAAGAAAAGUUUAAAAUACUGCUUUAGAAUCAUAUGUAAUAGAAAUCAAACCAUUUAUAAUUACAUCUGUGUCCCAAAUAAAAAAUUCUUUAUCAUCUAGAGCAGUGUUUCUCAAACUAUCUGUGGGGAGGGACCAAUAGCUUUUGCAAUCCAUCACAGAACAAUACUAUUAUAAAACACAAUAAAAAUGAAUUUCUAAGAAAUUUAAAUGGAAUAAAAGAUAUGCAAAAUAAAAGCCCAAAUGUAUUAGAUUUAACAUGUAAAAUUACAUUUCAAGACAAACAUAACAUAAGGGGAAAUAAACGAAUUGCAAAAAGUUGGUACCCUUUUGGAGACGAGUCCACUCAUCAAUGUCAAAUUGCCAUAGAAGGUUCUAAUAAUACCUUGAGUAACACUUUGAAUAGACCAGCAGCAUUACCAUCAUCUGGGAACUUGUUAGGAAUGCUAAAUUCCAAGCCCUACACCAGUACUGCUGAAUGAGAACCUGAUUUUUAACAAGAUCCCUAGGUGUUUUGUGUGCAUAUUGAAGUUUGAGAAGCACUGGGCUAGAGUUUCAUGUAGGGGAUUCUUUUGCCCCUCAAAUUGAGGAAUCAUCUUCUAGUGUGUCCAGUCUUCAAAGACCUUAAAACAAAUUGUGUCUUUGUUUUGUGAUCCAGAUGGAAUCUGCAGAGGUGCAGUCCUCUCAAAAUGUUAAAGCUGUUUAUUGAAAGUAAUAAAUGCUGAUUUGCCUGGUA